UGUGUGUUGGUUUGAUUCCUUUCCCGGCGGCGCGAUGCGCGCGCAGGAGGCGGGAAAGGCGCUGGGUCGCCGGGGCGGUUUUUUGGCGGCGCCUGAGGCGGCGGCGGCGGCCGGGCGGAGAUGCGACUGCCGUGCGAGGUGUGGGUGGCGAGCCGCCUGCUCCCCUCGGCGGGGCUGCGAGGGCCGGGCCGCGCCGCCAGGGCUGUGCUGGCCCUCGGGAAGCCGCCCGGAGGAGGGGGAGUCUGGCUCCAGGUCAGCACCGCCCGACACCGCCCGGGGGCCAAGUACCAGGUCAGGCAGGCAGGCCGCGCCCGGCCCUGCUCUCUCUCUCUCUCCCCCCCCCCGCAGGGAGAGCCGAGCCCUCGGGGCCUCCUCGGUGGUGGCUCCUCGCUCCUCGGGGUCGCCUUACCCCGUUUGUUAUAAAAGUAUUUUAAAUAUUAUUAGUACUACGUCGUAGCAAUGGGGUGGGGGGACCCCACUGCACAUCCAGUGCCCCCCAGUAUAAAUGGCAGGAGGGGAGAGGGCUCUUGCGUUCAAAUCCUGCAUGUUGGUUGGCCACAGUGAGAAGAGGUUUUUGUGGGGGGGGGGGGACCCCAUUGCAUAUCCAGCGCCCUUUCUUCCCGUGCAAAGAAGGGAAAGCAAGUGAAAGAAGGAAAUAAAAGAGAGCAAGGAAUCGCCUCUCUCCCCUCAUAAGUCAAGCUGCUUUUCUAAUCAGGCCUUUGACUUUUCGCUGUCUUAUGUCAUUUAGAGGGGUUGGGGGGGGGCUUUUAAUGUAUUUUCCUCCCCCCCGGGUUUUAACAUACGUAUGGUUUGUCUUUUUCUGUUGGUGCCCCAGGGAAGAGACUAAUGAAUUUAAUAGUGUCUAUUUUUAUUUUUAUUCAUUAAAAUUCUAUACUGCCCUUCAUCGGAGGAUCCCAUGGCGGCUUAAAAUAUAAAAACUCAAAAAUACAUAACAUAGUAACAGACAAAAGCAGUAACACCUUCCUACAUGCAUGUGCACACACACACAGUUGAAAAGGCUUUAAUUAGGUUAACUAGGUUUAAUUAUUUCCCUUUUCUUCCCUCCCCCUCCCCUUUAAUGAAGAUUACCCGCUCAGAGACCCCACAGCUAAUUCUCCCCUGGCCUCCUUGCUGGCCCAAGUAGGACUAAUUCAGCCACCUAGCCCUGGUGACUAUCUAAUUCUUAUUAGAUGGAUUUCCCCCAAAUUGAUUCUUGAACUUUGAAUUUUGUUGUUAUUCAUGUUUUUAUACUGUAUUUUAUGCUGCUUCUACAAUUGUUUUACAUUUGUUGUUGGCCACCCUGAGCCCGGUUUUCUGAAGCGGGAAGGGUGGGGUAUAAAUUUACAAAUAUUGUUUAUUCAUUAUUAUUAUAAAGGCCUGGGAGAAGAGGAAUGUUUUUGCCUGGUGCCUAAAGAUAUGUAAAAAGGGGCCAGGUCAGCGUCCCUGGGCAGAGCAUUCCUCAAGCAAGGAGCCACCACAGAAAAAUCCUGUUUUUGUGUUGCCACCCUCCAGACCUCUCAUGAAGGAGGCGCACAAAAAAGGGCCUUCAGAUCAUGAUUGCAGGGUCUGGGUCCAUUCCCAUGGGGAGAGGCAGUCCUUGAGCUUUUGCGGUCCUAAUAAAAGCUUGGAUGCUUUCAAAGAGGAGAGGGUAUUAAUGGAUACUAGCCAUGACGGCUGUGCUCCGCCCUCCGCAGAUGAAGAUAGCAUGCUUCCGAAUACCAGUUGCUGGAAACUGCAAGAGGGAAGACUGUUAUUGUGCUUGGGUCUUAACUUCCUCUGGUGAGCAUCUGAUUGGCCACUGUGAGAGGAGGAUUCUGGACUAGAUGGGCCACUGGACUGAUGAUCCAGGAAGCGCUUCUUAAGUUCUUAUGAGACGCUUGCCCAGAACUGCCAGCAGUCCCUCCUCUGCAUGUAAUGAGGACCAAGACGAGGGUGCCGUUCAUUUAUUUUGGCUGUCAACAAGCAUCCUCAGAAGAGCCUGGCUACCUCACAAUGGCCAAGCAGGUGCCUAUAAGAAGCCUGCAAGCAGGACCUAGGGAAUAAUAGAGGCCAACUCCCAUCGUGCCCUGCCUGUGAGCUUCUAGAAUAAUAAUAAUUUAUUAUUUAUACCCCGCCCAUCUGGCUGAGUUUCCCCAGCCACUCUGGGCGGCUCCCAAUCAAAUGUUAAAAACAGUACAGCAUUAAAUAUUAAAAACUUCCCGAAACAGAGCUGCCUUCAGGUGUCUUUUAAAGAUAGGAUAGCUGCUUAUUUCCUUCACAUCUGAAGGGAGGGCGUUCCACAGGGCGGGCGCCACUACCGAGAAGGCCCUCUGUCUGGUUCCCUGUAACCUCACUUCUCACUAUGAGGGAACCGGAUCUCAGGGUCCGGGCUGGACGAUGGGGGUGGAGACGCUCCUUCAGGUAUACAGGUAUUCUAAGGGCAUAGCUGUCAACUUUUCCCUUUUCUUGCGAGGAAUCCUAUUCGGAAUAAGGGAAUUUCCCUUUUAAAAAGGGAAACAUUGACAGCUAUGUCUAAGGGUCACCUGGCUGGCACCUGAGGGCUGCUGGAGCAUUGGAAAAUGUACUCUUUAGUAGUUACUUGGAUUUAUCUGUAGCUCUGAUCAGAACAUGCGGGUCCCUUAAGAGGCAGAGAACAGAAGCAAAGAGCGACAUGGCAACAGCCAUGUUAGCAAAGCUGGAGGACGUGCCCAAGAAAAGGGGCUGCAAAAAUUUAUCAGGCUUGAAGUCCCCAGAUACUAAAGGUGAAGUACUUCCUGGAGCUGAAGAACUAGAUUAGGACACUGAAAUUGGAUACUAAUUCCACUAAUGAAUUGGCAGUUACUUGGCCACUGUGUAAAAUGCUUUAAAAAUUACAAAUAAUAUGCUGUUUGGGAAACAGAAGCCUUUCCAAAGCUGCUUUUGUCAAAUAUUAGCUUUGUAUAUGAUUAUUCGGCAGCCUCCGUCUUCCUGCUCUGAACUUGUUCUUUCAGUCCUUAUCACCUUGGUCCUGGUUUUAAAAGCCACGGGGCAGAUCUGGGAUAUUGCAGUGGUGAAUAGGGAACAGUGGAGGGUUAAGGUGCCAUUUGCUCCAGGAGAGUGGGAAGCUGUGCCGCCAGUAUUUUAAGAAGAGCUUUGCUGAAUCAGGCUCAGCUUUCAGACACUGGCCAAUCACAGGGGGCUUUAUAAAAUGAACAAAUUGUGAAUCCCUUCCCACAUUUUUAAAGCCGGAAUAUCUGGUUGGCAAUUUGAACAUGAAGCUUGUUUUUGGGUGCUCAGCAGGGAAUGUUUACUUACAGGCUCAUGGCUCUAUUGUGCUCUUUUCCUUUUGAAAACAGCUGAGAGAGAACAUAGAACAGCUCUUUACUAAGUUUGUGGAGGAAGGAAAAGCCACCGUACGGCUGAAGGAGCCAGCGGUGGACAUCUGUCUCAGCAAGGUAUGGCGUCAGGCCAGGGGCAGCAGAUGGUCUUCUAACUGCAUCUUCUCCCUUGCCAAAUUAGGAUGGUGUUGAGGUAGCCCUUCUUGGAUGACAGGGAAAGACAUGCACCCUCCCCAACCUCUAACCUGUCUCUGCUGAAAUGAUUAAAUUUGGGGUUGAUUCACAGGAGUUUGGAUGCAGCAGGAAGCUCGUUAGCUGCUCCUUUGAUCUUCCAAGGUUAAGAAAUAGCAGUUGGGAGCUUUGUGACGUCUUGGCCGUCUCACAGUGAAGAAAUAAAAAUGCAUUUCAAUGUAUGUGAUUCAUUGAUUUUUAAGCAGAGGUUGUAUGGCCAUCUGUCAUGUAUGAUCUAGUUGAGAUUCUGGCGUCGCAGGGGCUUGGAUUAGAGGACCCUUGAGGUCCCUUCCAACUCUACAGUUCUAUUAUUCUACUUGUUUAUGUUAUGAAGAUAUCAUAUUAUAUAUUUUUUUAUUAAAUAAAUAAAUACCAGUUGCUGGGGACCAGGAGUGGGGAGAGUGCUGUUCCUCUCGGGUCCUGCUUGCGGGUUUCCCACAGGCAUCUAGUUAGCCACUGUGAGAACAGGAUGCUGGACCUGAUGGGCCAUUGGGCUUAUUAUGGUCCCCAUAUAUAUUUCAUUUCUUAAGCUAGUGAACAGAUUGGGAGCGAUAUCUUGCAACUUAAAAAAAUACCUUUCAUCAAUGUUGAUGCUGGCUGGCAGGUUUUACAUUUGCAUCAUUUUAGAAAUGAGGUAAAUAAGAGAUUUUCCUCAUUGUUUUGAGAAUGAUUUUUAAGUUUAAGCUUUGUGCUUCAGAACAACGCAGGGUUCGGUUUGUAGGACCAGAUUAUUCAUGAAAGUUGUACAGUGUGACAAUGCUGAAGCUUUCUUUUGCUGUCUCAAUAGUUAGUCCUGUUCUUACAGGCCCCGCUUAAUAUUAGAGCAGUAUUUGCCCAGCCUCCCUGGAUGCCCCUGUCGACAGUGUGGUUUGUUAAUUGUGGCAGAGACAAUGCCAGACAAAAAUGCAUUCUGCUGUCUUCCCCAUUCGCUUUCCAAAGGCUGCCACCUGAUCCUUUCCCACGUGUUGGUGUCAUGGUUCAGAAAGUGCCAGCGCAUUGACAAAAGCGUUGAAUCUGCAAAUGCUUAUUAUCUUGGUGUCCUAUUUGGCUGCAGGCAAAUGUCAGCCACCUGAAGACUUUCCUCUCUGCAAUGAAGCUGGCUGACCGAGGCACCAGUGAGGAAAGCUUACCACUGUCCACCUUGGCCCCACCAAAAGCUUCUGAAGUUGAGAAGCCAAAGACAAAGAUGACUAUAACAUCCAGGAAGGAUUACCCUUUCACCCAGAGCUUCCCGUACACUCUGGAGCAACUCCAGGCCUCUUACUGCAAAUUACCCCGCAUUGAUAUGCACAUACUUUGCCUGAAGAGACUCCGGAAACUGGACUUGAGCCACAACCUUAUCAAGAAGCUGCCAGUCACAAUUGGGGAUCUCGUGUCCCUCCAGGAGCUCAGUCUACAGGGCAACCUCCUGGAGUCCUUUGGCGCGGCCCUCUGUAAUUCCACCCUCCGAAAGUCGCUCCAGUCUCUGGAUCUCAGCCAGAACAAAAUCAAAGCGCUUCCAGCCCAGUUCUGCCAGUUGCGGGAGCUCAUUCACUUGAAGUUGGAUGACAACGAUCUGAUCAGGCUGCCCUUCAAGAUUGGUCAACUGAGCCAGCUCCGCUUCUUGUCCGUGGCUCGGAACAAGCUCCCCUUUUUACCCAACAGCUUUGGAAAACUCUCCCUCGAGAGCCUGGAUUUAUUUGGCAAUCCUUUUGAGCAGCCCAGUCCCCUUGCUCCUGACAUACAGCUAAAAAUACCACUGACUUUGUGGGAACAUUCAGCUAGAGCAACGAUCAAUUACAGGUAAAGGGGUUUUUUUUUGGGGGGGGGGGGGAGUUUCUGAAUCCCAGAAGCAGUGCAUCCCUUUCCUUCCUAUUGUUUCUUACAGUCAAUAAUCAUAUCAGUGCUUUAGGACUUUUCAGUUAUAAAAUGUUGAGAUUAUUGUUGAGUGUCAGAAACAAUUGUAACGUGAAGGAAAAGUAGGUAAAGCUCAUGGAAGAAUUUCAGAAAGGCCUUAGGAUGAUGUGCUGAUUUGCAUUUGUGGGGUUUCUUCUACAAAUACAGUAUUUAGUGACUUGCAGAAGAUCCCGGAUUCAGUCCCUGACGGUUCCAGGUAGGGUUGGGAAAGAGGCCUGGCUGACGUGGAAGCCUUGGAAGUCUCUGCAAGUCAGGGUAGACCUGAGCAGUUAAGUUCUCAAACUGUGGGUCACAGGUCCCCUCCACUGCUCCACCCACAUGGCCCAUAGAAAGCUUUGGGAUCUCUGUUCCGCAGCCCAGGACCUUUCAUAAUACAGUGUUUGUUUUGGCAAGGAUGCUGAUGCUGAAGAGGAACCAAGUGCAUUAAGUGAUCCUCUGAGACCUCCAGCAAUCUUCCAGAGGUUUUCCAAAAGGGGGGAAAAGGGCAACUUAUUGUGUUGACAGUAUUGAGCUACAGAGACCAGACAGCUGACUUACCAUGGCCCUGUAUUUACACAUAAAUCAGAAUGAAUCUGUUACGAGUUUUCAGUAAGUUGUUAAGUUGGGCGUUUGGUAAUUUCAGUAAUGUAAUUGGAAUUGCCAAGCUCAUUAGGCACUUGUAGCUAUUGGGAGAAAUUUCUCUUCAAUCCCAAAAUCAGUUUAGGUCUUAACCCUCUUGGCAAUGGCUCGGGAACAUUGCCGUAGAUCCAGAUCUUGUUUUUGUUUCUGCGCGAGAAGUUAAGCCACUGUCCAGUAUCACCCAAUGGGUUCUGUGGCUGAAUUGAGUUGGCCUGCCUCUCCAGCAACCAGUUCCUCUUCAUUGCAGUGUAGUGGAAUUGUGCAAGUUCACCGACACUUGUUUGUGCAACAAGAGCUUCCGGUAUCUCACACCCUCAGUCACUGUCAUCUAAGGCAGAUGUUUACAGUUCUGUUGCAUAAUAGCAACAGAAUUAACUGUGUAGCAUGAGUAAGGCUAUUGGUUUUUGGAAGAGAAUUUGGCUUUCCAAUGACACUAUUGGAUAUGCAUGCUUGAGGAGAAGGACGUAUUUCUACAGGCAGCUAAAGGCCACCCAGGGGAAGGCAGGCGAAAUGGAUUUUACAUCUUUAAUAAAGCUACAUUAUUAUUUUUACCAGCUAAGGAGAUUCCAGGUUCAGCAGUAUGAAGGUCUUGGGUGGUCACUUUGGCUCAGAAGUGUGUUUGGGGUGCAUACAUUCAAUAUGUUAAUUUAAAAUGCUUGCAGGCUUCUUUCCAAGACAGGCUUCCAGGCUCUAUGAAACUGCUCAGCACGAACUGUAUUCACAUCCAGGCCUUGUUCUCUUUUCACAGGCUCCCGUACAGCUGCCACGUCCUUCCUUCUCACCUCUGUCACGAUCUGGACAUGUCAAAGAGCUGUCACUGUGGGCGAGCCUGCCUAAGCAGCUUCAUUCAGACGACCGUGACCAUGAAUCUCCACAGUGUGGCGCACACGGUUGUCCUUGUGGACAACAUGGGGAGCACAGAGGCCCCCCUCCUCCGCUACUUCUGCUCUCUGACUUGCUACUCUCAGUUCCUGGACAGACAUCUGCAAAGCAUCCGAUGACCUGAAACCGAAAACCACAUGUGGUCUGAGAAGCCUCAUUCAGCAACAGACGCUGUCUGAUGUCGAAAGCAAUGCUGGGACACUAGGAAGCAGAGCCAAGAGAUCAGUUGUCUCCCAGGCCUUUCCUUUUUUCAUCAUCCAGAAGGAGCAAGGGAGGCAGGCUUGCAUUCUAAACAGAAUGCAGUUUAGCAAAGGCUGCAGGUUCUUUAUGAAACUCUCUUGCCUGCAUAGAUCAGGGAAGCUCCUUGCCUGAGAGUGGCAGGUUAUGUUCAAGAUGUGAAUAUCAUAUUCCUUCACCUUCCUGUUCAUCGCUAUGAUUGAGCAAGAGGACUCUUCUUGUCGUGCCCCCAAGCAAGAACCUGAUUUCCCUGUCCUGUGCAUUAUAAGGAUACUGUUCUACCUACAAAAAUAGCUAGCUGUUUGUUAUUUAAAGCAGCUCAUGUUCAAAGUGUGUCUAGAAGUUUGGCUUCUCUGGAUGGCAUGCGACUUGUUCAGACAAGCUCCAGGUUAUUUCAUCAGUCUCCCAAAAUCUGUUCCCUGAAAUGGUGUUCGCUCUGAACAGGACAGUAUUACUAGUUAACACAGUUUAUGCUGAUUUUUAAACGUUCGUGCCAUUGUCAAAAGGAAGUUUGUCAUGUUCACACAACCUGUGGUGUUGGUACUGAAGAACUGAUGCAAAACUAAUGUGCUUCAAAACAAAAUAUUGUGGUGGCCAGUUCAUCAUACAUUAAAAUUUGUAUGCAGGAACUGGUUUUUCUGAGUACCAGAUGCAGGCACAGUGUGUUUUGGGAAUGGUGCCCACGUGCAGAAAUUGUAGUUUGAAAGGACGGGGGUAUGUGAUGCAAGAAUGGGAAAGGAUUGGGCCCCUGCUAGUCUGGAUUUUGCCUGUAAAAUGUGUGCUCUGUAUGCAAGAAUUAUUAUGGAGUGCAUCAUGUGAAGCAAGUUUUGCAUCAGUUAACUUCUGAAAGCCUCUUUUAUUUCUUAAAAAGAAUAAAUAAAUGCUUAAGAGUCU